UGUCAUGCCGUUGCGAAGUUGAGCCCCAGCAUGGGCGCAGCGCCAGGCUUACACCUGCAGCAAGCUGCUGAGACCAUCGCGACUGCGCCUGCGCGUGCAGCAGCCAUGCAAGCACAUCCAAGCGCCCAUGCCAUGUUGCGCUACUCACAACUCUCCUACUUAUGCGAAGGUAGAGAAGAGCUAUAGCUACACUUGACUGCUGUGAUGCUCGACUCAGGGUAAUGCGCCAUCGGACAUGCUCCCACCUGACCUCGUAUCAGCGGGAGAAUCGGCAAUCCAACGGACCGCCGCCAUGCAGCAGUGCAGGAGUGAGCGAGUCUUGAGUGGCACACGCUCGCACCGCCGGUCAGCAUGCUCUAUCCGCAACAGUUAAUCUCGAGCAGUCGCAUCCAGAUUUGGUGCAGGUACUCACGACUCAUGACUGGAUGUCGAUCUGAAUGGCGUCUCGAAAGACCUUUCUUUGCAGGCUCCUCAAGCCAUCAAGACGUCCUCAGCACGUCCGUCAGAGGCUACAUCUUUCCUCACGUCACAGCGAAAACUUCGCUGAAGCGCCGAGUCACGCGAGAGCGAAAGCGGCAAGUCUGGUCGAGUGUACCUACUCACACUCAGACUGCAGCAAGCAGUCACGAGUCGCGAGUGCAAGGAUAUCACGCUAAAACCACGGACUGCAUGCAUGCUUCGCAGCUUGCGUUGCCCUUCUCCCACAUUUUGACGGCUUGACCGGCUUGACCCCCGUCUGCUGGUCCGUCGAGAGCGCGAACGUGCGCUCACGGCAAGCUUCUGCUGGAGUUUCGUCGCUGCCGAGCGGCACGCUUGUUCGCGAAAGUGUGAGUGUCGCAAGCAGCGUUCGUGCGUCUACCUGCAAGUCGUCAAGUCGCGCUCAUCACGAUAAGCGCUGAUUCUCUUUCGACUAGCGUCUUACCGGCAGCUUGCGCCGAUUUAGAGCUCUUCGUGUUCGCGGGCAAGUCUACAGUCAGAGCUGCGAGGAACGCCAGGGGCAGAGAUUCAUUGCAGGUGGUCAGGAACGUGUGUGACCGCAUGGUCUGGCGCAAGGCUUGCCUUUCCUGCUCCCCGUCCUCGAACCCUUUCGACAGCGAGCGCUGAUAUAUAGCCUCCUUGCUUGAGUGAAUCUUCACCCCGCAGCAACGCAAACUGUUUACUGCAUCUCCGUGUACCCACCACCACAAGCAUCGCUCACAACGACAUCAACCUACAAUCAUACAGAGUCCUGGGCG